AUGCGGCGGCCGGCCGGCGGAGAGAGAGUGAGCGAGCCGGUCGGCCCAGGCUGGAGCAGUGUAGCCGGGUUGUCACAUUGCGCUCUCGUUAGUACAGCCGCGUCAAGUAAAGAUAGACGGUCCGUUCAUGGUCGUUGCUUUGUUAGUUCCCCACUAUGUUGCACACCGGACAACCUCUUGCGAUGGGUCUCUUUAAAGACUCAUAUCACAGUUCUGGAUGCACCAGCGGACGACAACUCCACACUGGUGAUUCUGACUGUGGUCUUAGUGGCGUGUAUAGUGGGCAUCCUGAUCGCGGUCAUCACUGUCUACUGCUACCGACAGAAGUCCAGGAUUCGAGCCAAGCUGAAGGGACUCGCGGCCAACGGGGGCGCUGUAGAGGGGGAAGCAACAGCUGAUUAUCAGGACUUGUGUAGGCAGCGCAUGGCCAGUAAGUCUUCUGAGAAGCCAGAGCCAUUGAGUCGAAUCAGCAGUGUAGCCAUGAGUGACGGUGCAGCACCAAGCCCAUCUAGCCGUAGUAGUACUUCAUCAUGGAGUGAAGAACCGGUCCAGUCCAAUAUGGAUAUAUCCACUGGGCAUAUAGUCCUGUCGUACAUGGAGGACCAUCUACGUAACAAAGACAGGUUAACGAAGGAGUGGGAGGCGCUAUGUAGGUACGAGCCAGACUCAAGCAGCACUAAGAUGGGUGCCCUGCCUGCCAAUGUACCCAAGAAUCGCUACCAAGGGGUCCUGCCAUACGAUCACACACGGGUUUUACUGAAUGACUCGACCAAUGCACAGAACUCUGACUACAUCAAUGCAAGCUCAAUAGCUGAUGCUGAUCCUAGGAACCCAGCUUACAUCGCUGCUCAAGCUCCUCUUCCAUCCACGGUAGCGGACUUCUGGCAGAUGGUUUGGGAGCAAGGUGUUGUCGUCAUCGUCAACCUUACACCCAUGACGGAUUCCGACACUGUCCAUAACUUGUACUGGCCAACAGAGGGCGGUACUCGCUACCACUUCUACGAGGUCCACCUUGUCUCGGAGCACGUCUGGUGCGAUGACUACCUGGUUAGGAGCUUCUAUCUCAAGAACACAGAGACUCAGGAGACGAGGACGGUAACCCAAUUCCACUUCCUGACCUGGCCUGAGAAUGGCAUCCCACCAUCUCCCAAAGCUCUCCUGGAGUUCAGAAGGAAGGUGAACAAGUCGUACCGUGGCAAAUCCUGUCCCAUUGUAGUCCACUGCAGUGAUGGAGUAGGUCGCACUGGGACCUACAUCUUGGUUGAUAUGGUCUUGACUAGGAUGACGAAGGGGGCCAAGGAGAUUGACAUUGCGGCCACUCUAGAGCACAUACGAGACCAGCGACCAGGAGCCGUCAAAAUGAAGGAGCAGUUUGAGUUUGCCCUGACGGCCCUAGCGGAGGAAGUCAACGCAAUCUUGAAAGCUCUACCACAGUGAGCCUCGCUCUGAAAUCCCGUCUCCCAAGAAAAGUUACAACCACCGUUAAAGAUAAGAUCAUCUUGAGGGAUAAAAUCAUCGUUUGUAAAUGGAAGAAAAGAAAGAAAUGUUAUAAGGAAGACAUCUCAAGACAAAUCAUGCCACUGUCAAAUAUUCUUCCAAAGGGAAUAUAACCAGAAGUCAACAAUAAGUCAACCAAAAAUUGUCUAGAUUGUAAAACUGCCCUUUUAUGAAAGCCAUUGUGUAUAUUCCGUUGUUUAAUUUGAACUUUUCAGGUUAUAAUGACUAGUUAAUUUGGCAAUUAGAAGGGGUCAGUAUUCAAUAUUUAAAGUUCACAAUUGUUCUUUUUGUAAAACUUUCUCAAAGAAAGAAGACCAUUAUUUGGGGGAUUUUCUUUUGUCAAUUUCAACUGACUCAAAGUGCAAUAUGUUAAGGUGACAGUUAAAAACCAAACAAUGUGCUGAAAAGUUGGUAUCAUGACAAUGUUCAUGAAUGUA